CGUUCAUUACUCUGCGGUUUGAGCUCGCACGAGGUCGGUGCAGCGCGUGGCUCCGUUGGAGCUGGAACCGACCGAAGAACAAGGAGUGUUAGUGCAACAAUUGACUCAUCUAGAAUAAACUGUAUUCAAAGCAUUGAAUAGGCGAAAACAUGAUAAGUCAUCCAACGUAAGCAAAUGAUAUUGUUUCAUGUUCUAACUAGUUGUACGUAACUUGGAGAUCAAAAUUUGUCUAGAAUUUGUUCGUCUUGAAUUCGGCAUCAUGAAGUCCCUUCUGAUCUCGCUCAUCAUUGUGCUUGCCACGUGCGUGUCUGCUAAUCUUGAUGAAGCUCUGACGCGGUCGCUGAGCGUGAGCGUGCGCGAGCCUUCACUGCUGCUCUCCUUCAACAAAAUUCGUCCUCCUCGACGCAACGCGUUGUCCGACUCGCAGGAUCUGCUCACUCUCGAGUUCGACGACCAGCACAGGUUCUCCAUCGUCCUGGACCGGCAACAUGCUUCAGUGAUCUUCGAGACGGUGAUGGGCGGGGAGGUGGAGCGACAGCUCCUGAAGGUGUCGGAGGUGACGCCGAAGCUGCUGGUGAAGCAGCUGCUUGUGGAGCUGCAGCAGGAGGGGUCAGGCCAGGCCACCGUCUACGUGGGGUGCCGUCGGGCAGGAACCAUCGACCUGCCCAUGACGCCCAAACAAAUGGCGAAAGAAGACUCAAAACUCGUCGUUCGCCGGGGUCGUCAGUCUGACGUGACCGUGGACGUGAACGUCGAGGUGAUGUUCCUGCUCAGCAAACUAGGCUGCACCGACGCUACCCUAGCCAACGACCCCAACAUUCAGGCUCAGUCAAAUGAAGUCUAUACCUACCGUAGAGCUACGGGAGCCGCAUGGACACCUCGCGCUGCUGUGAGAACCUACUCUAAUUCCUCCAAUGCGGACGCUCAAGUCAUAAUCUCAAUGUAUCGGGAGCCUCUGGAGCUUGUCAGACCCAAAGAACAGCUGGUUCAGUGGUUCCCAGGUGAUAUCCCAGUACAGCACGAAGAAGAGAGCGGUACGGUGCUUGUCAAGACGCUCAGCGAGCUCAUCGAAACCAUCAAGGAACUCCAGAUCGAAAUCCAAACUCAGCGCGAGGAGACGGCGCUGCUGCGCGACGCGCUCCUCAACUGCGAGGCCUGCAAGCCUGGAGACGAUAACCCGUGUGAGCCCAACCCGUGCUUCCGCGGGGUUACUUGCAUACCCUCCGCCGACGGUAGCGUUCGCUGCGGCCCGUGCCCGCGUGGCUUCAUCGGCAAUGGCCAAGAAUGCGCGCCCGGAGUGACAUGCCGGGACAGACCUUGUGCUCCCGGAGUUCAGUGCUUCGAUAUGCCUGAUGGCUUCAGAUGCGGCAACUGCCCUGCUGGUCAAACCGGCGACGGAGUUACAUGUAGCCCCAUCGACGCGUGCAACCCCAACCCCUGCUUCCCUGGGGUGCAGUGCGUGGGCACUAACUCUAACCCCUAUUAUCGCUGCGGACCCUGCCCGCCGGGGUCCACGGGCAACGGGACCUUGUGUCGGGACAUCGAUGAGUGUGACCUGGCCGAGCCCUGCGACCCGCGCGCGCGAUGCACGAACCUGGCCCCAGGUUUCCGCUGCAGCGCGUGCCCGCAGGGCUACACGGGCUCGCAGGGCCUGCAGGGCAUCGGCUUGGAGUUCGCCAUGAGCAACAGGCAGCGCUGCUACGACAUCAACGAGUGCAACGAUGGCAGGAAUGGCGGCUGUGUCGACAACUCUAUCUGUGUCAACACUGAGGGAGGCUUCUACUGCGGGGACUGCGCUGCAGGUUUCAUCGGUAACCAGUCCACGGGAUGCCACAACCGCCCUGGCCUCUGCCCUGAUGGCACUCAGUGCGAUGCCAACGCCGAAUGCGUCAAACCCUUCGGCCUCGACUACUACAUUUGCGAGUGCCGAGUUGGCUGGGCUGGUGACGGCAAGAUCUGUGGUCCAGACAUCGAUUUGGAUGGGUGGCCGGACUACGACCUCGGCCCGAGCUGUCUGAGCACGCGAUGCCGGAAGGACAACUGCCCCAAGACGCCCAACUCCGGCCAGGAGGAUUCCGACGGCGACAACAUUGGCAACGCCUGUGAUGACGAUGCAGACAACGAUGGAGUACCCAACGGCCCGGACAACUGUCCACUUGUGGCCAACCCUGAACAAGAGGACACGGACCCUGCGGGUGCCGACCGCCAGGGCGACGCCUGCGACAACUGCCCGACUGUGCCCAACCUGGCCCAGGAGGACAACGAUGGCGAUGGAAUCGGAGACGCCUGCGAUCGUGAUAACGAUAAUGAUGGUAUCGACGAUGUCGACGACAACUGCCCCCGCAUCGCCAACUCGGACCAGCGGGACCAGGAUGGCGACGGCCUCGGUGACGCUUGCGACAACUGCCCGCUCGUGAGGAACCGCAACCAAGAGGACCUCGACAAGGACCUGGUGGGCGACGCAUGCGACAACAACAUCGACAGGGAUCGCGACGGCGUCCAGGACAACCAAGACAACUGCAUCGACGUCCCCAACUCAGACCAGCACGACGCUGACAGCGAUGGUAUGGGCGACCUGUGCGAUGAUGACGCUGACGGCGACAAGGUCAGCAACCUGCAAGACAAUUGCUGGAUUGUCUUCAAUCCAGACCAGCGCGACGAAAACAAAAACGGAAUCGGGGAUCGCUGCGAAAAAGAUUUUGAUGGCGACCUCAUCAUUGAUUUCAAGGACAACUGCCCCAACAACUCCAAAAUUUAUGCCACUGAUUUCAGAUCCUACCAGACUGUGGUGUUGGAUCCUGAGGGAGAUUCACAGAUUGACCCGAACUGGGUGAUCUACAACAACGGCGCUGAAAUUGUGCAAACGAUGAACUCAGAUCCUGGUUUGGCUGUUGGCUUCCACAAGUUCGGCGGAGUGGAUUUCGAAGGAACCUUCUUCGUUGACACCGAUAUCGACGAUGAUUAUGUAGGCUUUAUUUUCAGUUACCAGAACAACGCUAACUUCUACACGGUCAUGUGGAAGAAGAACACGCAGACGUACUGGCAAGCGACGCCGUUCAGAGCCGUGGCCGAGCCUGGCAUUCAGUUGAAGCUCGUCGAGUCCAACUCUGGACCUGGACAGAUGAUGAGGAACUCUUUAUGGCACACCGGUGACACCGACAAUCAGGUAAAACUACUUUGGAAAGAUCCUCGUAACGUCGGAUGGAAGGAAAAGACCGCCUAUCGCUGGCUGCUGCUCCACAGACCCAACAUUGGUCUGAUCAGACUCCGCAUCUUCGAGGGCGAGAACAUGGUCGCUGACUCCGGUAACGUUUUCGACAACGCCCUCAAGGGUGGUCGUCUUGGGGUCUUCUGCUUCUCACAAGAGAUGAUCAUUUGGUCUGACCUCGUCUACAGAUGCAAUGACCAAGUGCCCGAGGCGAUCUACAACCAACUGUCCCCAGAACUGCAGCGACAUGUGGACAUCGACAGGACGCGACCAGUCCCAGCGGGACUCUAGACGAGCACACACCCUCUGCCGUGCAUGUGGCUGAACGACAAUCACAUUCCUGCGUGAAAAUUUUCCUCUAUAAUAAAAAAUUCAUACUUCCAAGAAUACGUUAAUAAUUAAUACAUUAUUUACACCAAAGUCAUUUAUUUUUACGAUUCAAUCGUUGAUAUCUGCACAAUUGCUAGCUGAGUAUUGUUGCUAGAAAAUAAGCUUUGCACAAUAAAAAGUUCUCACUUUAUUGGCAUUGGAAUCUGACGCGGGCGCACCUUGUUUUCAGAUAAAGCUUACUGCUACGGCUAUUAAAUUAAUAUCGUGCAACACUCGUGAUUAUUCGCAUUCUAGUUAAGAAUAAAUGAUGUUAAAAUAUGCACGCGAAAUAUCUUAAAUUUGUUAGCAACCAUUUCUCGAGAGGAAACACAGUUAAGUUUAUGGAUAAUUUUUACGAAGAAUUUUUCGACGCCCGAGCCGAGCGUGUAAGAUAAUACGAAUGUGUUCAGAGAUAACUGCUGUCUCCUAACUUGUGUUAAGGCGAUACUUAUCUUGUAGCUGCGGUCCUGAUUUAAUUGUUUAUGGUCGGAAGGCUAUUCUGUUAUAAGUUUUUUUUUAUUAUGGUAAUGUUUCAUCGCAGUUUAGGUCGUUUGAAUAUUUAUUUUAGUUUUGUGAUUUUUUUAUUUUAUUUUAAUUGUUCACGACUUUAACCAACUAAUCAUGAGUUUUUGUUACCCCAAAUAGCUAACUCUAUUUCAUAUAUAAUAUAUAUUUAGAAAUAUACAUAAAGUUUGUAUACUAAUAAAAAGUAUAAAAGAAUAGUACGUUCUCUAGGCUUCACUCGAAAAAGAUGAUGUAAACCGUGUUUUUUUUCACCAACUUAUCGGACUUCGACUUCUCGGCCUAACUGAAAUGCAAAUAUUCAUUUUUGUCUGAAUUUGCUAGUUGAAUUUUCCUUUUAGGUGGCUGAAAUCUUACCAUCUCAUUCAAAUCUUCAUUUCCACUCCUAUAAUAUUCGAUUGUCACCUAUAUAGAGAUUAAAUCAUGUUAAAAAUGUUGAUACUCAUUUCAUCA